CUCUCACCGCCGGACUCCGAGCUCUUCUCGCUGGCCGCCCCGGGAAUCGCCGGCCGCCACCGCCCAGCCCGUCCCCGCCGUCCCCCCAGUGCUUGGGCACCUGUUGGAGGCAGAGACACAGCCAGGGGUGCUGCAUGAGGGGCCGCAGGGGCGACCGCAUGACCAUCAACAUCCAGGAGCACAUGGCCAUCAACGUGUGCCCCGGACCCAUCCGGCCCAUCCGGCAGAUCUCUGACUACUUCCCCCGCCGGGCACUGGGACCAGAAGGCGGGGGCAGAGAUCUCAGGGAGGCCCCUGCUCGGCUGGCGCCCCUGGCCCUGGCCCCGCCUGCAGCCCUCCUUGGGGCCACCACACCCGAGGACGGAGCUGAGGUGGACAGUUACGACUCGGAUGAUACCACCGCCCUGGGCAUGCUGGAGUUCGACCUUCUCUACGACCAGGCCUCCUGCACUCUGCACUGUAGUAUUCUCAGGGCCAAGGGCCUCAAGCCCAUGGAUUUCAAUGGCCUUGCUGACCCCUACGUCAAGCUGCACCUGCUGCCUGGAGCCUGCAAGGCCAAUAAGCUAAAAACUAAGACUCAGAGGAACACACUGAAUCCUGUCUGGAAUGAGGACCUGACAUACAGUGGGAUCACGGAUGAUGAUAUCACCCACAAGGUGCUCAGGAUCUCCGUCUGUGAUGAGGACAAGCUGAGCCACAAUGAAUUCAUCGGGGAGAUCCGAGUACCCCUCCGCCGCCUCAAGCCUUCACAGAAGAAACAUUUUAACAUUUGCCUUGAGCGCCAGGUCCCGGUCUGUUUGGCUUCACCAUCCUCCAUGUCAGCGGCCCUGAGGGGCAUCUCCUGUUACCUGAAGGAGCUGGAGCAGGCCGAGCAGGGGCCUGGGCUGCUGGAAGAGCGUGGGCGCAUCCUACUGAGUCUCAGCUACAGCUCUCGGCGCCGGGGUCUGCUGGUGGGCAUUGUGCGCUGUGCCCACCUGGCCGCCAUGGACGUCAAUGGCUACUCCGACCCCUACGUCAAGACGUACUUGAGGCCUGAUGUGGAUAAGAAAUCCAAGCACAAAACAUGUGUGAAGAAGAAGACUCUCAAUCCGGAAUUUAAUGAGGACUUCUUCUAUGAGAUGGAACUCUCUGCUCUGGCCACCAAGACUCUGGAAGUCACAGUCUGGGACUAUGACAUCGGAAAAUCCAAUGACUUCAUCGGUGAGGGAGGAGCCUGCCUGCUGGGUGGUACUGAUGGAUGGGGGGUGGGUGGUGGUGUUGGAGGGGGUUGGAGAGGUGGGCAUAUUGGCAGUGAGAUGGGCCCCGAUUUUGCCCACCCCUUCCUCCUUCCCAGGUGGCGUGUCCCUGGGACCUGGGGCCCGGGGCGAGGCCCGGAAGCACUGGAGCGACUGUCUGCAGCAGCCGGACGCAGCCCUGGAACGCUGGCACACCCUGACCAGCGAGCUGCCCCCAGCGGCUGGGGCCCUGCCCUCAGCCUGAGUGGGACCGCACCUGCCCUGCACAGGCCCCUCGGGCCGGGUCCAGUACCCGACCUUCGCACGAGUGUGUUGCACGUUUACACGGGGUAGAUGCCCCGCCCCCACUACCUGUCUUAUUUUGUGAGAGUCCCCGUAACCGUGGGUCUGUCUUCUUGUGAGGGACCGUGAAGAUCUAUAUUCACAUAUGCAAACUUCCUCCUGCCUGACUGCUACCAUGCAAAUAUGCAAACACCCAUCCUGU